AUGAGGGGCCUUUUGCUGGCUGAGUCGCAAGGCUCUGAUGUUCAGGCUGCAGCGGAUUCCUUUUGGGUUCCGUUGCUGUGCCAACGUGGGAUGCUCAUUCGUGUCCAGUCCAAGUUCUACCUGUCUCUCGGCCCCACGCCCGCAGUUCUGCCGCUGGAGGAGAUUGAGCUCAGCUUCCGUGGAACUUUGCCACUAGAAGAUGUGGAUGAGAAGCUUGUUCGCCGCGAGAACGACCGGCCCGAUCUGCUGGGAGACUGCCUUUUGGAUGGGGAGUGUGUGAAGGCCCUUGUUCAAUGCCACCGCUAUACGAUCCACACGUGCGGCGGUGCAUUGGCCCAGAAGUUGUCCUGCUGCUGCUUGCUGCGCAGAAGUGCGAAGCCCUUCCCCUUGGUGGCAGUGCUCAUGCAGAGAGCAGACAUCUUCAAGCUCACGAGCGACUGUUUGAGCAGAGUUCUCACUGCCUACAACGUCCGUUUUCGCAAGAACGGCACCAAGACCAGCAAGAUCAGAGAGAUCGCAAAGCUCGGAAUCGUGGAGCAGCACGUCAGCAAGAAAUCCAUCGAGAAAGUGCUCAAAAUGUGCGAGGAGCUGGAUGAGCGGAGACGCAAGAAAGCAUCAUCUUCUAACGAGGACGACCCCGACGCAGAUGAGGAAGAUGAUGAUGCCGAUGAGGCCAAACUGAAGUUAUAUAAGAGUCGUGGCUAA